AACCAGUACGUGCUUUUGUGUCUCUGUCUACGCCUUUCUCUUUAGCUUUAGGGGGUUCCACGAUGCUUCGUUUCGUUUUGCUCGCUCUCCUCUUCGCUGCGGCGACGGCGCAGCAUGUGGCUCCGUGCAGGUGCGGCGCCUUCGUCACCACCGACGGUGGCGAGCUCAUGCUGUAUGAGCUUCCCCCUGUGGAAGUGCACAGCUGCGACCAGAACCAUCCUUGCCAGGCCCGCUGCUUCCAGGAGUUCGAAAUGCUGUCUGGAGGCGGCGACUUGGACUUCAUCACUUCCACCAACGCGACUGUUGGCCAGGUGCUGUGCGAGGCGGCGGGGGUGGCCGUCGACGGCGAAUACGUGUACGCCUACUCAGAGCUCUGCGACGGCCCCUGGGAGUGGACCGGCGACCAGACCAUGCAGCCCCUCUGCUGCACCGACGCCGCCGAGUACGUUCCCUGCGAAGUGGGCACCACCCUGGCCCCGUAGGGACGGGCGGCCUCGCCCCAUAAAGAUUUUAUGGCAGUAAUAAUGAUAAUAAAUAAAUAAAGAUAAUAUAAAUAAUAAGAUU